GUUGUGUUACGCAGAUGGAACGUUCUCUUGUCACGAGCAACAUCGAGACUCCACGGCCCCUAGACAAAAUGACCAAAUUCGCCCAUUAGUCAUCGACCAUUCAUCGCUGUCUACCUACAGAUGGUGUUGUUUGCUAGCCUUUCUUGAUGAACGUCAUGAAGACGCUGUAUAUAGAGGCUGACUGGAUUAUUUCGACUAAGGGGACUUCUAAGCAUGUCAUCAGAGCUAGGUGUUGAACGACCCACUACUUUACCAUUGGCUGACUCGCAGGAAGAAAGAAGAGUUCAUUUUGGAAAUGUGAGCAAAUGUCUCAUUACUGAUGAGAGAAAACAUGCUGCUGCUUUUGUGAGGGAUCCAGAGUCUCGACCUAAACGUUUAAGAUCUGCAAGUUUUUCAGCACCUGGUGAAGCCCGCUAUGGAAAUAAAAGGCGCAAGAGAUAUAGAGUUUUACCCUCAAAGUUUUUGCUUGGUGGUAAUAUUACGGAUCCUUUGAAUCUGGGUUCGUUAGAGGACAGAGAGGAUGUGUCUCAACUUGGCCUUGUUGAAGCUGGUUCAGGAGCCAUAAACAAGAAAUCAGAUGCUGUUAGAGUUAUUAUCCCACCAAAUAUCAAUGAUCCGCUCAAUUUGGAUGUGUCUUCUGAGAACGAAGAUUCUCUGAGUGUAGCCCUCCUGAGGCAAAUAAGAAGACGGAGAAGAAGCAGGAAAAGAAAGAGGCGUUUAUCUGAACCAAGUGGAGAUGAGUAUGAACCCACCCAUGGAGAACUUUUUGUUAGGUGUCAGAGUUUACAGGAAGAACGGCAACCAAUUACUCCUGUUCUAGAAGAAGGACUAGCAAAGACCUCUCAAGAAACAUUGAAACCUUUAACUGUAAAUAUCGAAUUACCUCCACCAAGUGGAAGUGAAGAAGAUCUGAGAGAGUCUGGAGGGCCAGUAACCCCAGUUGGAACCAAACCUUCAACAAGUGGAGGUUUUCAGAGACCUGCAUUUAAGAAGCAACGCAAUAAAUCUGACAAUAAAAUUGUUAGCCCUGUCAUCCCACAACCUGGUGUUGAACGUAAGCGUCAUCCAAGCCAUUCAAGACAAUAUUUAGAGAAGCCGCAUUUGAGCCAGCAAAAUUUAAAGUUGCCAAAGAAAUUUAAUCCCAAAAAUGAAUUGUUUCAGUAUGGUAAUUACAAUAAAUAUUAUGGUUAUCGAAAUCCUGACAUGUCUCCCGAUUUACGUCUGAAUUAUUUGAAACCUGAUUGGUUUGACGGGAAAGCAGUGCUUGAUGUUGGGUGCAACAUUGGUCACGUUACGUUGACAAUUGCUCGUGACUUUAAUCCGAAGAGAGUUGUUGGCCUUGACAUAGACAAAAAACUUGUUAAUAUUGCUCAGAAAAAUAUAAAGCAUUAUCUAAAACAGGGUGACCCCAAAGAAGCAGAUUAUCCUAAAUCAAUGCGAUUAUUGUAUGGUCCUCUGAAGCCAUCUGCAACGGUGGAUGAAGCCCGCUGUUUUCCUCACAACAUCAAAUUUGUUCAUGCAAAUUAUGUCUUGGAAUCAGAUGAAUUGUUGGAGACUGUUAGACCAGAAUUCGAUGUUGUAAUUUGCUUCAGUAUCACAAAAUGGAUCCAUCUUAACUGGGGAGAUGCUGGUCUAAAGAGAUUUUUUCGACGUAUUUUCUAUAAUCUAAAUCCAGGUGGCAGACUAAUCUUGGAACCCCAGGCUUGGCCUUCGUACAACAAAAGAAGAAAACUCACAAUGCGAAUAUUUGAGAAUUACAAGAACAUCAGAUUGUUUCCUGAUAAGUUCAACGAUUAUCUUCUUCACGAAGUUGGUUUCAGCACCAGUGAAAAGAUGAUAACACCUCAGCACACAUCCCGUGGGUUUCAGAGACCCAUAAUUGUUUACACAAAGGCUGGCAAUAUCACAAAGUCAAACUAUAUGGAGGACAGCUAUCCUAGGAAUAUCAGCACAACACCUGUCAGUGUGCCUCAGCAGUGUCAUUCAUCAGAAAUGGAAUGUGAUAGUGUCAGUAUUGUUAAUAAGCAUGAUGCACAAGAAGUAAGUCAAAAAGAAACAGACACAGCUGCAAGUACUACAAAUGAGUUUACAAACUUGUCAGAGAAGGUAAACAAAGAUAGUGCAGAUGGUCCUUCCAUGGAGGAUGAUAAAGUUGCAGAGAAACAAGAAAAUACACAAACCAUGGGCCAUAUAUCAAAUAGUCUUGUUCAUAAAGAACAAAGAUUGGUCACUAAAAAUGAGAGUGAUGUUGUCUGUGAUAGUACUGAUACAAGUAAAACUUUGGGUGGUGAAGGUGAUAAGCAUUUGACACAUUCCCACAACCAUAGAAGUAAUCAGUGUGUUCCUGAAUCACAUUUGCCUUCUCAGACUGACAUUUCUAUCGUUUCUGAAUCGUGUACAAAAAUAGAGAUGCUUAAGCAACACACAAGUCCUGCUACUAGAUCUGACAAUAAGGUAAAGAACAAGGGCUGUCUGAAUGAUUGUAUGCCUGGUAGUAGUGAUGAGAAACAGAAAACUUCUGUAAAACCUGAAGAUUCACAUGGUUCAAAUGCAGUAGUAAUGAAUAAGAAUGAAGUGAAUAAUGAAGUCUGUGAAAACUCUAAAGGAGUGGACACUACCAAUCACAAUGGAUCUUCAUGUGCAACAAAACCAAGAUCUCCAAACAUAAAUGAAACAAAAGAUAGACCAUGAAAUUGUUACUGAAUAGUGUGGUGGCUGUGUUUCAUUGAUCUGUCAGUGAUCGAGGAGGGAAUAAUAAUUUAACAUCAGCGAGUUAAUUCUAUCCUGCUGGUGAAACUACUCAUUCAAGUCAUAACAGUAAGGAGCCGUGUACCAUUUGGUAUUCAUCUGAAGAAAGUAAACCUGAGGUUUAACCUGCCACUUCUCCUUCCCUGAUUUUAUGGAAUGCAUUGUUUCAUGAACAAGUUUUGCUUUAUUUUAUAGAUUCUUUAUUCUCUGAAGUAUUUCAGACCGAUGAAGAAAUACAUAAAUGACAUUAUUAUCUGACAAUGAUCAGUUC